AUGAAAGUUUUAGCCAAUUUUGAUAGAGUUACCUCCGAUAAUCUAAGAGACUCUGUAAAAUCAAAACUGACUUUCAAGGGUCAUCUUCACACAUAUCGUUUUUGUGACGAUGUUUGGACUUUUGUGAUAAAAGAUGUGAAUAUCAAGUUUGACGAUAAUGAGACGGUGAACGUGGACAGGUUUAAGAUAGUGGCUUGUAACAGCAAAAAGGCUGGAGAAGUCUAA